CAUUUUUCCAUUUUUCCAUUUUAUAUAUUUUCCACACUUUAGCUCAUAUAUAAUUUACUUUCUACACUUAUUACUCUGAAAAAUGCCUCAAGUUUUAAGCACGCUGGCCAGGUUCGACUGGCAAAGAAUGGCCUCUUACACAGUCAGGAAUCCCAAGCAAGCGCUUAUCAAUAUCGCCAUCGCGUACUUUGUCUUCCGACAGUCACUAAAGACAAUUAAGAAAAUAUCAAUCUACGGACUGCGCAGCGCAUUCAUGCUUCUAUGGAAGCAGAUAUCCGGCGGCAUCGUGCGGCAUGUGCGCAGGGCGCCUGGCACCGGCAUUGUCGUGCAGCGAAACAUUGACAAGAUUGUCAAAGAGAUCGAGGACAGCAUGACUGGCGACGUGCCCGGCGAGGCCAAGUACUUGGAAAUCCCCAGCAGUGGAAUGGGCGAUGACGAGAUAAUGGCAGUACUGCGCCGGCGACAGAACGAGCGUGGCGUGGACUGGAGGAACGGCCGCGUGUCGGGUGCCGUCUACCAUGGCGGCGAGGAGCUUACGCGGCUGACCAACGAGGCAUACUCGCUGUUCAACCUAAGCAAUCCGCUGCAUCCAGGUGUUUUUCCCGGCCUGCGUCGCAUUGAGGCUGAGGUCGUGCGCAUGGUGCUGGACCUAUACAAUGCCACGGACGAGUGCUGCGGGACGACAACAUCGGGUGGCACAGAGAGCAUCAUCAUGGCCGUGCGCGCCCAUGUUGUGUGGGGCCGCGAAGUGCGCGGCAUUAACAACCCGAACAUUGUUGUGCCGAUUACAGCGCAUGCAGCGUUCGACAAGGCUGCGGAGUACUUUGGCAUUGGCAUCACCCAUGCGCCGGUCGAUCCUGAGACGCAGAGCGUGGAUUUGGUGGCGAUGCGGCGGGCCAUUGACUCCGACACCGUUCUGAUCGUUGGCUCGUCAACCACGUUCCCCCAUGGCGCUGCUGAUGACUUGGCUGCAUUGAGCGCCAUGGCGAUCAAGUACAAGGUCGGUCUGCACGUCGACAGCUGUCUGGGCAGCUUUGUCAUACCUUUCCUCAAGGAGGCUGGCUUCCCCGAAGUCAUUUGCGACUUCCGUCUGCCGGGCGUCACAUCCAUUUCGUGCGACACGCACAAGUACGGGUUUGCGCCCAAGGGCACAUCGGUGGUCAUGUACAACAGAAAGCAGAUGCGCCGCUACCAGUACUUCACUAUAUCGACCUGGCCUGGCGGCAUCUACGCCUCGCCGACCAUCGCUGGCUCUCGCAGUGGCGCGGUCAUUGCUGGCUGCUGGGCAGCGAUGACAAAGAUGGGCCGCGACGGGUACUUGCAGCAGUGCAAGGAUAUCGUCGAAUGUCGGAUUGCGAUACAGCGCGGCAUCGAGCAGAUUCCCGAGCUUUUUGUUGUCGGCAAACCAGUGUCUACGGUGGUGGCAUUUGGCUCAGUCGAGCCCGUGGGCAUUUACGGGGUUAUGGAUGAGAUGAAGGCGCGCGGGUGGGACCUGAGCCCGCUGCAGUACCCCGCGGCGCUGCAUAUUGCGUGCACGCGGCUGACGGUGCCGGUUGUGGAAGAAUUUUUGCGCGAUCUGCGCGACUCGGUCGGCAAGGUCAAGGCCAACCCGAAUAACUACAGCAAGGGGUCGAAGGCCGUCUAUGGCUUUGCUUCAACCGUCCCUGACACGACCAUCGUCGACGAAGUGGCCGCCGGGUUUAUCGACGCGCUGUAUGCCGUGUAGCGCGGCAAAUGAUAAAAUGAAUAUUUAAUCUUGCUACGAAAGCUGCACUUGCAAGGUUGAGAAUAAAGAAAAUGUAAUAAAGCAUU